CCAACGCCAUCAUCUGUUACACUCGGCGACAGGAGCAGCCCGAAUCGUCAGGGCCAAUGUUGUUAUUUUCAUAAUUUACCGACACAUUAUUGAAAGGGAAAAGUCUAUCUGCAAAUGACCUAUUUACGAUUCUUUCUUUGCGGCGAUAUACACAACACUUCGGGCAAUCCCUCUCUUGGCAUUGGAGAGAAUCAUGUUUUCACUCCACCUUUAAUUGAAUGGAAUGCGAAUACUCCACUGUGGUAGCCCAGUGCUCGCCUUGAAUAUAGAUAAUGGGCUGUGUGCAAUGUAAGGACAAAGAGACGACCAAACUCACAGACGACAGAGAAACUAGUGUCUCACAGCACGCAGGAUAUCGCUAUGGGGCCGACCCGACACCUCAGCACUAUCCCAUCUUUGGAGUCGCCACCAUCCCCAACUACAACAACUUCCAUGCCCCCGUCAGUCAAGGCGUGACUGUGUUCGGUGGAGUGAACUCUUCCUCGCACUCCGGAACGCUGCGAUCUCGGGGUGGAACAGGAGUGACACUCUUUGUAGCACUUUAUGAUUAUGAAGCAAGGUCAGAAGAUGACCUCAGUUUUCGCAAAGGCGAGAAGUUCCAGAUUCUGAAUAGCACGGAAGGGGACUGGUGGGAGGCCCGUUCUCUCACUACAGGUGGAACGGGAUACAUACCCAGUAAUUACGUGGCUCCAGUAGACUCCAUACAAGCAGAAGAUUGGUAUUUUGGUAAGCUAGGCCGUAAAGACGCAGAGAGGCAGCUGCUGUCAAAUGGAAAUCCCAGAGGCACGUUCCUUAUUCGCGAGAGUGAGACCACGAAAGGAGCAUAUUCACUAUCCAUACAAGACUGGGACGAAUCUAAAGGCGAUCAUGUGAAACACUACAAAAUUCGAAAGUUGGACAACGGCGGCUAUUACAUCACCACUAGAGCUCAAUUCGAAACUCUGCAGCAGCUUGUGCACCAUUAUUCUGCCAGGGCCGCAGGGCUUUGUUGCCGGUUAAUAGUCCCGUGCCACAAAGGGAUGCCCCGCCUUGCCGACCUGUCCGUCAAAACCAAAGAUGUAUGGGAGAUUCCACGGGAAUCACUUCAGCUCAUCAAACGAUUGGGGAAUGGACAGUUUGGAGAGGUCUGGAUGGGCACUUGGAAUGGAAAUACUAAAGUAGCAGUGAAGACCUUGAAACCAGGCACAAUGUCCCCAGAGUCGUUCCUGGAGGAGGCUCAGAUAAUGAAGAAACUGAGGCAUGACAAGCUUGUACAGCUGUACGCCGUCGUCUCUGAAGAGCCCAUCUACAUUGUCACGGAAUAUAUGAAUAAAGGAAGCUUGUUGGAUUUCCUGAAGGAUGGCGAAGGACGCGGGCUUAAGUUGCCAAAUUUAGUGGACAUGGCAGCUCAGGUUGCUGCAGGCAUGGCGUACAUUGAAAGGAUGAACUACAUCCACAGAGACCUGAGGUCUGCCAACAUACUUGUUGGUGACAGUUUAGUGUGCAAGAUUGCAGAUUUCGGACUGGCAAGGCUAAUAGAGGACAAUGAAUACACGGCACGACAAGGUGCCAAGUUUCCAAUCAAGUGGACGGCUCCGGAGGCGGCGCUUUAUGGAAGGUUUACUAUCAAGUCAGACGUCUGGUCGUUUGGAAUACUACUCACAGAGCUGGUAACCAAAGGACGCGUGCCCUAUCCAGGCAUGAACAACCGGGAAGUGCUUGAGCAAGUGGAGCGUGGUUACCGGAUGCCCUGCCCGCAGGACUGUCCAAUUUCCUUGCAUGAGCUCAUGCUUCAGUGCUGGAAGAGAGACCCCGAGGAGCGGCCCACCUUUGAAUACCUGCAAGCUUUCCUUGAAGAUUACUUCACUGCCACCGAACCACAGUACCAACCAGGGGACAACCUCUAAACGUCCCAGAGUGCAGAAUGCCACAACAGACUGCCCUUCAGAAGACUGAGAUUGAAUGAUCGUUUGAUGAUUACAGCUUCCAGAUUUUGUGCCAUCUCAACCCCAAUAUCCGAUACAAUCCAUCUUCCGUUGAAAAAGGACAUGCAAUCUUGUAAGAUCUGUCGGUAAAGCCAAAUAGUGUUUCGGGGAGAUGCAUCAGUCGUGAUAUCAUGAUAAGAAUGGUUUGUAUUUAGUGUACAUAGUGUGUUUAGUUCACCCUUGUAUUUGGCUUGUUUUAUUACUUUUUAUAAAGCAGUUUUACGUUAUGAUCCAGGCCAGGAAAGAACCGACAGUACGAUAAAAGCAUGACUGAGGCGACGUGAAACGUUUUACUAAUUACAAUGAUUCUGGAAAUCAUUCCUAGACACUUAUGGUGGGGUGUUGAGCAGCCUCUUUUAAAUAUUAAAGGUAUUCUGUCAAUUGUAUAUUAAUAUGUAGCUGUAUGUGUCAGAACAGUCACUCCCACGAUGUGUCCUUACCAGAUGCGAUGCGACGAUAAAGCAACAAGUGAUACCCCGAUACAUCUGGAAACCAAGCAACUCGCACUAACUGUCGCUUGGUUUCCAUUUGCUUCGUCCAUAACAAAAUCUCAGUUCGCAAAACCCACGCUUUGUAAAACAUCAAAUAUCUUCUGAUUGAAACAUUGCUUGUCGCUGUUAUCCUUGCGCAUCGUGCCUGGCCGAGACAUGCAUCAGUGCAUAGGUAGCAUCACAAAUUACUGUGAUAUUUCUUUUCCACGGAAGGUAUCAAAGUCUACGGUUAGUGAGUUUUGCUGGGCCUAUAUUUGCACCUGCUUUUAGCAAGCGCUCAGUGUCUCCAUUUUCUUUUCCUGCUUCUUAGAAUGAGUGCAUUUUCUAUUUAGUCCGAAUAGCUUGAGACCAAGUGGGCAUUACGCUUGACCAUGCAUCUUUCCUGCAAAUAAGAUAAGACGAACUGCUAACAUCUUUACUGUUGUGAGGGAAAAUAAACACGUUCAUUAAAUGUAUCUCACGAUAUCAUGCGUUAUGAAAUAACACAACUAAAUACAUAGAUAAAACUAACCUUGUUUUUAAGCCUCAUUUUAUUCCUCAUGAUAAAAAGACAUUUCUGAAUAUUCACGAUUGUGUCUUUACUUACUUUGACACGUUUAGUUUGAGAACUCUUCCUGCGAAUGAUCAUAGAUAGCAUUACUUUAAUAUUUAUAGUAAGAUCAUUAUUUGUUAUUACACAGAAGAAUUGAACAAGAGACAUACUGUCCUCGGGAGAAAAUUGAACUGUAAAGGCUGUGAGCCAGAUUUCAAAAGCAGUUCACAAAACCAUGUGUUGGUUUUUUGUUAUUUUGUCUAGAAUAAAAAGAGUUAAAUAAGGCUGCUUUUAACUGGGAUUAUAAUUUAUGUUUUGCAUUUGUUCAAUUUCAACCUCAUCAUUUUCACAUUUAUUUUUGUACCAUUUGGAUUAAUUCAUAAAUAUUGUGUUUAUUUAAUUUGUUUCAUUAUGCAUACGCAUUUUGAGAAUAAACUGUCAUAUUGAAGUCCA